CCGAGCUUGACCUUCCAACGACUUUUGUGCUUGCCUUUUGUGCCAUGAGCUGCGAGCACAACAGCGUAAAAGCCAUGAAGGCGCUCCUGCCUGUGACACUUCUUCCACAUGUCCAGCUUCAGUCUUGAGACUUGUCCUCGUCUCUUUCCCAGCCUGACCGAGGCUCCCCAGCGACGGUCAUGGAGCCGCGACGACGAAUCCAUCCUCACACGCGCAAAGAAUGGGAAGAAAUCCGCCCGACUUUCACAGACCUCUAUCAGGUGCAAAAGAAGAAGCUCUCCGAGAUCGUGGAGAUUCUUGGAGGGCGGGGGUUCCAUGCUAGGGAGUGCCACUACAAGACGUAUAUCAGAAAAUGGGGUCUUGACAAGAAGAACAAGCAAUCCGACAUGAUUUUCGCCUUCCAAAAACUCCAACAGAGACAGGGAAAGGAUACAGCUUUCCUGAUCCGUGGACAGACUCGCUCCCGCAAGGACGUCGAACACUACUGGAAGCGCUGUCGCCUCGAUCCAGCGUCUUUGUCCCCGGUCCCAAAUACCCCUGAUGGCAUGGAGUAUCGCACCCCAAGCCCGUCUCCUGGACGAGAAGUUGGCGAAGCCGGAUCCAAGGAUACCGCACAGGAGGAUGCGGAUUCCUCACCGUUUGUCGAAGACGAGGACAUUGCGGCUGUCUUUCAGUACAUCAACCAGGAUUUGAUUUUCACUCCUCGAUCUACCAUCUUGCGCCUCCUCGAUUCCCCGGAACAGUUGCAGCCUCUAGAUCAAGCCUUGCAUUAUGCCAAGGUGCUCUUCCAAUGGCAUGUUGAGAGCGCAAAUCCCGAUCGGCUCCUUGUCUCCCAACGUGAAGCCGGAAACGUCAUCAAUAAGUUCGAAAAUUAUGCCUUCAAUGCUUUGGUGGCCAUCAUUUGCGAUCUUUCCCAUCCCAUGAUAGCAACUGGGCUACUCGAUACAUUAGCAUACAUUCCAAAAGUGGCGAAAUACGACUGUUGGUCUGUAAUGAUGGUAUUGCUGCGGAUAGUGGUGAGCUAUGCUGCAUGGGUACGGUGCUUCACGUCGAGAAUGAUAAAGAUGGCGAUACAUGAGAUCAUGAUCAGAGUUGUCACUAUCUAUGGUGCUGGUCAUCCGGUGCCGUUGGUCUUAAGGGCUGUGAUUCGGUCUUUCGAGGUCACAAGCACUAUAUCAGAGAUGGUCUUCCUGGCCGAGAAAGACAUGGUAGGACGGGCCCUCGGGUAUGACCACCAUAACAUGGAAACGGUACUCGAAAAUCUCUGCGCAGUUCAAUACCGAUCUGACCAUUCGAAUGCAGCACUGAAGUGUGCCAACGAGCUACAUCGCCUCGCGCUUCGCCGACAUCGAAGAGACAUGACCCAAGACAGCCUCCUUUCUCUUCUGGAUGCUAAACUGAGAAUGUCGCAAUUUCAUCUGGACCUUGACGACUUUGAAGAAGCCGAAGUCUGGAUAGAAAACGGCCUCCAAACUUGCUCAGAGAUAAAGCAUUCAGCCACUCGGGACAGCUUUCAAUCGACCUUCUCCUAUGACCGAGGCUUACUGAUGAUGAGGUCUGGUCAAUGGUCUGCGGCAUUCGAAACUUUUGGAAAAGUCAUUGAUUUUAGGAUGCGAUGGUGGGGAGCUGGAGAUGCUCACGUUAUUUCAGCUGCCCGAAGUAUGAAACUCAUACUGCGGUGGCAGGCUGAAGAAGCGCAGCGUUUGAGUGCUGCACAAGGAGAUAAUCAGAACAGGAGGCCAGAGAGUACUUGCGUUGCAGGCCAGGAGGAGUCAGGCAUCAACCGACUACCAGAAUCUUUGGGGGAUGAAGAACCACCACAUGUCAGGGUUAAUUCAGCAGAGCCUCUCAAUGACGGAGACUCACACCUGUCGACCAGCCGAGUGGACCAACAGCCUUGGACAAUCGGGCACGUUGAAGGAUUGACGGACGAACAACCGCAUCAACAAGCGGAGAGCCCUUGGGAUGGCCAAAUGCUAGAGCCGGCGGCAGAAGAAGGUCUGUCGUGGAUGACCUGGUCCGAUCAAGACACGGUCGAGUGGAUAGGAUGAACCGGCACAAAAGAAGCUCCCUGUGUCGAUCAAAGCGAUGAUGGCCAUUCUGAUGGUGAUGACGAUCCCUGGAAAUGGACACCGACGGAGUAAACAGGAGAGCGCGUUACAAGGCGUUUAGGUAUACAUGAUGGCAUGUUACGUUGUUUCAUAUGUUCCCGAGCCAGAAACAAUCUCACCAUGAUCUAAUUUUGAAUGAACU